AUUCUAGGAAAGUGAAAUGCGCCUGAGCAGCAGGCUAUGCUCAGCUUUGCUGCACUUUCACAAUCCAACUUUGUGGCCAGCCGAAUUGAAAGCGGGUGUGCUUGCUGGUUGUCGAGUUAUCCCGAACUUUGUGACUGAAGAGGAAGAAGCUGAAUUGUUGCGUGAAGUGGAACCGCAUAUGAAACGAUUACGAUAUGAGAAAAAUCAUUGGGAUGAUGCAAUUCAUCUGUAUCGUGAACGUGAACAACGCAGAUGGUCACCAGCCAAUGAGAAGAUUAUUCAACGCAUUCGGGAAUUACAUCAUCUCCGUUCUGGUGAUCAACCGCUGAGUUUACCAGAGAACGCUACGUCUUUCCCACCUGAUGCCGAACAUUUGACUUCUGUCCACAUUCUCGAUCUUCACAAGGAUGGUCUCAUCAAGCCACAUAUCGAUGCUGUUCGGUACUGUGGCGAUGUAAUCUCAGGCCUUUGUCUUUUAUCGGAUGCUGUCAUGCGAUUACGACAUAAAGAUAGAAAAGAUGAGCUUAUUGUAGACAUGUUGGCUCCUCGACGUGGUCUUUAUCGAAUGGGAGAAGUGGGUCGUUAUGAGUUCACACAUGAGACGCUGUCGAAUGAGGAGUCAUUUUUUGAAGGAAAGAAAAUAGAGAAAGUUAGGAGAAUAUCGAUUAUCUGCCGAGAUCUGCCACAUCCUGAAAAUCGUGCUGAUAAUUCUGCUAUCAGGAUGCAACCUAUUCCUGAAGCAGCCUAAUUUGAAUCGUUGGUGACUGGUGUUUCUGAAAUGGGUGUCCCCUUUGAAAAGGGUUAGCUUUGUUUGGUUUUAAUAGAUAUAGUGUCCGAUGCUAGUUUAGUAGUUAGUUGUUCUAGCCGUUAUAGUGUAACUAAAAUUUUAAUGUGUGCUUUCAAAUUUAAACAAUUUGUUUAUUCCUUAUUAGU